GCGGGGGAUUAUUGGAGGCCAGGCAAGCUCCGAAGCUCACGCCCCCAGGGAAGGGAGACGAGUUCAGUUGCAAGCGGCAUGCCCUUGGGUGCUGUUUUCAGCCGUCCGCCCGUUCUUGGUUGGAAGCUCCUAAUCGGGAAGUUUUGCACGCUCUUUCCUCUGUACAGCAAAUGGGGAAUGAUGCCGUGUGCUCGUCAACACUGUUUCAUCUUUUUCACGUCUGUUUCCAUCCACACACGACUUCCCAUCUCCCGGCCACCCUCUCGAGGAGACGGACCUGAAACUUGGAGAUCCAAUUCCAUUUCUCUCGUCCAUAAUUCACCCGCCGCACCGCCAGCAGUUAGCGACGCAGUGCUUUCCCCACACUUGGAUGGACGAGCCCGCUUAACAGCACCCCGGCAACAUCAUCCGACAGCACCUGACGAUCUGAGGUCCGGGUACCUCAAACCUGUACCUUUACAACCUCUUGUGCAUCAUUACGCUGUCUCCAACGGACUACCAGACAUCGACGUUACUUCAGGGGCAGCCAACAAGAAGAAAGUGUUCCAGUCUCCGUUCCUGUUCCAACAAUCUCAACUCUACUCCCAUUACUGCGGCCUGGUGAUUGUUUCAUUGUUACCAUUCAAGACUGCGUGCCUACUCGACCAGUGGCUGGGCCUACUUACUCCAAGCACAGGAGGGUGGGACAAGGUCGCCUUAUACAUAGUUCAAGCAUUACGUCGCUCUGCCGGGGUAACAAAAGCAAACCAAGUCGGGCAACACAAUAACGGUCAUCAUUCUUCAGUAUCCCCAUUCCCCUCUUUCUCCUCAUUUCUCCUUCCCAGCAUUGGCAUUCUGUCCAUCCGCGCUAAAGGUCCUCGAGGUCUUCUUACAACCAAGACAUCGCCCGAAUAUCAAACAGGUAUUGUUAUUAUUGUACGUACUUCCAUCCGACAUUCCUUGAUACUUUCCCCCCCGUGUCGUCCAUCACUCGACAUGAUUGGCACUUCUCCGCUUUUGGGUGACGGGAUGAAGCGCGGAGAGCUUUGAAGUCAGCUUCCAUCCGUCGGCUCGUCCCUCUUUUCCUCCACAUCGAUCCAUCAAUUCCACUCACCUUUCCCCAUCCGUCCGCUCGAGUGUCGUUUCUCCUCAUCUCGACGACAACUCCUCACGCACGCG